UAAGUAAUUAUUUUCAAACCAUUAAUAUAAUUGGAUGAUUAAUUAUGUAUUUUAUCCAAUAAAAUAUAACAAUUAGUUGACUAAUAUGAUAAUCUCGUGGGUCGUGGCGCGUUCUACUUCUGUCACGCAUGCCCCUUCUUUUACUCGUUUAUUAUGAGAAAAAAUUAUUGUUUACCUUCUUGUCAAAAACAAUUUAUUGUUUACUUCGCCGAUCUUUAUAUAAUCCCCUCUUAUCUAAUGUCCUGUUGACAAAUGGAUGUUUACGAGAGAGGUUUCAAAUCUGAAGCUCCACAAAGUGAAAAAGAGAUGGACGUAAGGAAAGGUCCGUGGACUGAAGAAGAGGACUCCAUGCUCAAGGCAUAUGUCAAUAUUCAUGGUGAAGGUCGCUGGAACUCUGUUGCUCGCUUAUCAGGAUUAAAAAGAACCGGCAAAAGCUGCAGAUUAAGAUGGCUAAACUACUUGCGACCAGAAGUCAGACGAGGAAGCAUCAGCCUCGAAGAGCAGCUGUUGAUUCUUGAACUCCAUUCUCUCUGGGGCAACAGGUGGUCAAAAAUUGCACAACACUUACCUGGAAGAACAGAUAAUGAAAUAAAGAACUAUUGGAGAACAAGAGUCCAGAAGAAGGCAAAGCAGCUUAAAUGUGAUGUUAACGGUAAAGAAUUCAGGGACACCAUGCGUUACGUUUGGAUUCCCCGUUUAAUGGAACGGAUCCGUGCUACAUCCGAGUUCCCCUCAGGUCAACCCUCAAGCACCACCUACAUGGAAAGUAUCAGCAACUUAACCACCAGUCAAAUCGGCUAUGCAAACUCAACUGGGUCGGUCCAGUUUGACUCACGUCUCCUGCCCGAGUUAUCAGGCACUUUAUCAGACUCCCGGGACACCCAGGUCUCUUCCGUUUCAGAUCUAACAGAUUCUUACAACGCAAAAAGCGUUUCAAACUACCCGAAUAACUUACAAAAAAGUUCGGUUUUGUGCCCGGAGAAUUUAGCUGGCAUGUGGGGUAGGGAUGAUGGUAAAUUUCGGGCGACAGAGGAGCAGAGAAUUGGUUGGUUGGGUGGUGGGGACUCGAUGGAGAAUUUGUGGAAUGAAGAGAAUAUUUGGUUCUUGCAGCAACAGCUUUAUGAUGAGAUAUAAUGAUAUGAAUUCGCUUACGUGACGUAUCAAGUCUUAUAUUUAAAACAUUUUCGUCAUUCUGCUAUCUGAUGGAGUAUAUUAAAAACCAAAGAUUCGGCUAAGCUAACACCACAAUUUGAGAACGUUUGGAAUGUAAAUGAUUCACGCAACAAAGUCAGGAUGAUAGAGGUAUAUAGCAUUAGAGUAUUCUGAAGUAUAUCAAUUGCACAAUUUUGUUUUAUUGCUGUUCGAGUAUUCAUAUUUUCCUUUUUAUUAAAAACAAUUUUACUAGUAAAAAGCACUACUUCUAGGAGGAAAGUCUCCCAGAGGAACUAGCAGCAGAGUUUAUAAUCUUCUUCAAUUUGGUGUGUUUUACAAGCCUAAAAAAAUGGUCUGUUUCAUUUGUAAGCAAUCUAAGAAUUACGAGCCAAUGAAACCUUGUGAAAGGAAGAAUUCUUGGAUAAUAUGAUUUUGAACAAAAGAUUUCUGAGUUCUGAAAUCAGAUUCCACCGAUAAUGAAAUUAAUUAUGUUGGAUCAAUAUAUUCAGGAAGAAAAACUUUUGCACAGUUUAUCCGAUAGCAGGUCAAGAAGUUUGGUUUAAUAUUCUAUUUAUGUGGAACAAGUGUCCAACUUCAAGGCAUCCAUGCAAGCUAUUUAGGUUUUCUUUUCUCUUUUUUUUUUUUUUUCACUUAUAUUAUUUAUGGGUGAUCAAAUAUACUAAUAAGAUUUCUGGAAGAUAAAGCGUGCAAAGUUUUUUUUUUCUUUCUAUAUAUAAUACAUAAAUAUAUAAUAUAUAAACUGAUCAUGUCUCUUUGUUAAAAGCAUGUAACGCUUUUAACUUUUGAAAAUUUAUUCAUCCAAUAUUGUUCUCUUGGUCUUACAUUGAAAUGGAAUACAAUUUUUUGUGAGUUUCAUGAGCAAGAAAAUAUGUCUUUCUUUUUUAUUUUGUCAUUGCAAACUCUGAAUUUAUUUAGUGUGGAGUCUAAAUCGAUUGGACUCAAUCUAGUGUCAAACUUGAAUGUUU